CCUCAAAGAGCCGAGAGGGGGCUUCAUAUUUUCCUCGCCGCCAUUAAUCCCCGGAUGUGUUCUUUUCCCAAGUAGCCAUGGCGCCGACCGCUACAAAGAAACCCGAAAAGCAGAAGCUUCCGGAAGUUCCGGAGACCCUCCUCAAGCGCCGCAAGCAGCGUGCGCUCUCCAAAGUUAAGCAGCUCCAGAAUGCCAUCAAGCAACGCAAGGCAAACCGCGCGAAGCGGCUGGAGAUCUUCAAACGCGCCGAACAGUACGUCAAGGAGUACCGGCGUCAAGAAAGAGACACCAUUCGUCUCAAGCGCGUCGCCAGGAACAAGGGCAACUUCUAUGUCCCCGCGGAACCCAAGCUCGCCGUUGUCAUCCGUAUCCGAGGUGUUAAUGGAGUGAGCCCGAAGCCCAGGAAAGUCCUGCAGCUGCUUCGUCUGAGGCAGAUCAACAACGCCACCUUCGUCAAGCUGAACAAGGCGACCGUGAACAUGCUCAGGAUCGCCGAGCCUUACAUCACCUGGGGGUACCCCAACCUCAAGACUGUGCGUGAGCUGAUCUACAAGCGGGGCUUCGGCCGCCUGGAUGAUCGCAGAGUGCCACUGUCCGACAACGCGGUCAUUGAAAAGAGGCUCGGAAAGAAGGGCAUCAUCUGUGUGGAGGACUUGAUCCACGAGCUGUACACAGUGGGCCCCAACUUCAAGAAGGCCAACAACUUCCUGUGGCACUUCAAGCUGAACACUCCAAGGGGAGGCUGGCGCAAGAAGACAAACCACUACAGCGAGGGGGGAGACUUCGGAAACCGGGAAGACCUCAUCAACCGCCUCCUCCGCAGGAUGAUCUAGGCCCUGAUCCUCCACCCAGAAUAAAACAAAGGAAAGACCGAA